AUUUUGUUGAGGUAAGUGAGGUUGGUUGCAGUUGUUUGGUGCAAGAAGCAUUUUGAUUUUUUCCUCUUCUUCAGUCAGAGUUUAAACUUUGAGUAGCGUCUCCGCUUAAGGUUCAGGUAUAAAAUGGGACGAUACGCUCGCGAACCCGAUAAUUCCGCCGAAUACUGCAAGGCCCGCGGCUCAAACUUGAGAGUCCACUUCAAAAACACUUGCGAAACAGCUAAUGCAAUCAGGAAAAUGCCUCUCAAAAGGGCCCAAGCCUAUCUGAAAAACGUUCUCGCUAUGAAGGAAUGUAUCCCAUUCAGAAGAUUCAAUGGUGGCGUAGGCCGUUGUGCCCAAGCGAAACAGUUUGGCAACACUCAAGGCCGUUGGCCAAAGAAAUCUGCCGAAUUCCUUUUGCAACUUUUGGCAAACGCUGAGAGCAACGCCGACUACAUCGGUUUAGAUGUUGACAGAUUGGUUGUUAAUCACAUCCAGGUGAACAGAGCAGCAUUAAUGAGACGCCGUACCUACCGUGCUCACGGUAGAAUUAACCCCUACAUGUCUUCGCCGUGCCACGUUGAAUUAUGGCUUACUGAAGCCGAAAUGGAUGGAACAACAUCUAAAACUGGUAAAAAGUCCAAACGGUCAAAGAGGACUAAGUUUACUCAGCAGUAAAAUCUAAUAUUCCAAAAAGUUUUGUUUUUCCUAAUUUUCCUCAUAUUAUAUGAAUCUAAUUUAAUUAUGUUUAUUUGGUAUGUUCAUACCACCAAGUUUUAUGAUUCAAUAAAUAAAUAUGGAAAUAAAUAAA